AUAAUUUGAGGAACGUUGCACGCUCAACUUCCUUUUCGCGACAAGUUUUACUAAUACAGGCAUGGUCUGCUGGAAAAUUUGCAGAAAAGUACUCGAUUUUGUUGUUUGACGAAGGAAGGAAGUGUUUUUCGCACACUGGUUUCCACAAAAACUCAAGAUUCCUCCGAAAAAUUACGUCGAACCCAGAGGGUGGCUACCGAAGGGUCGUAAUUUGGACGAAGCUAGCCCAGACACUAGCAGCCUUCUUCUACCGUACAACUGGAAAAUCUUCCUAAACGGCGAACCGCCUUGGCUGCGCUAGCAGGAACCAUCUAGUUCAUUUUAAGUCACAUAACAAAUAAACCUGUGUGAAUCUGAGCACAGGCUGCCUCCUUGCUUAUUUCAUCUAAAAUAUUUGCUCGUAAUUUAACGAUACAAUAAAAGUAACCAUGAAAAUUCCGAAUUCCGACGCACGCGUUCACGUUUUGGACCAAAACUCCGACGUAUGGACCGUCAUCAGGGACAUAGCGAGCCGCGCACACCAGGAAGACGCCUUCUACGUCAUGAACAUCGGGGAAAUCAUCAACAAGUACGAUCAGUGGACGUCGAAGCUGCCGCGCGUGACGCCGCACUACGCGGUGAAAUGCAACGAUUCGCUGGCCGUAUUGGAAACGCUCAACGCGUUGGGCGCGAACUUCGAUUGCGCUUCCAAAGGGGAGAUCAACAAGGUGUUGGAGUUGGGCGUCGAACCGGAGAGGAUUAUUUUCGCCAAUCCGGCCAAGCCGUCCAGUCACGUUCGAUUCGCCGCCUCCGUCGGCGUGCAGACCAUGACCUUCGACAGCGAGAACGAGUUGCACAAGAUCAAAAACUUGUAUCCGGACGCUAAGAUGGUGAUUCGAAUCCGUUGCGACGCCGCCGAAGUCCAAUGCCAAUUGGGCAACAAGUUCGGCUGCGAUCCCGUCGCCGAGGCGCCGGGGCUGUUGCGCGUCGCCAGAUCGCUGGACCUCGACGUCGUCGGCGUCAGUUUCCACGUGGGUUCGGGCUGCCGAGAGCCGCCGGUGUUCCGCAGGGCCAUCGCCGCCGCCAAGGACGUGUUCGAAUUCGCCAAAACGUUGGGCUACGAGUUCUCGUUGCUCGACAUCGGCGGCGGUUAUCCCGGCGGCAGAGGAACGACUAUCGAUGAGAUCGCAGAAAUAGUCAAUUCCGCUUUGGAUGCACAUUUUCCGGACGAGUCGGUGAGCGUGAUCGCCGAGCCGGGACGUUUCUUCGUUUGUUCGGCGUACACAUUAGUGUGUAACAUUCAUUCGAUCAGGAACGUUAUUCGGACUAACGAGGAGACCGGUACGACCGGUACCCAUCGCAUGUACUACAUCAACGACGGAGUUUAUGGUAGUUUCAACUGCAUUUUGUAUGAUCAUCAGGUAGUAGUACCUCAACCGUUGGAGGAACGAUCUGGGGCUAAAUAUUACGAGAGUAGUAUUUGGGGACCGACUUGCGAUGGACUCGAUCAAGUAAUUGAAAGCGCCGUUCUGCCCGAUAUGAAAAUCGGCGAUUGGAUCGUCUUCGAGGACAUGGGGGCUUAUACGUUACCAGUAGCCAGCCCUUUCAAUGGUUUUCCCAUUCCAACUGUUCACAUCGUCAUCGAAGAGAACAUGAGAUUAAUCGUGGACGAUAUGUUUGACUUGACGGACGGUCACUUCGAGAUGUUGAGGAUUCCGGAUAAUUUGAAAAAUGAAAACGACACUCCCUACAAACUUCCUACAUUUCCCAUACAAGUUGGCGAUUCGAUUCUGGAUUACGUUAAUUGAAAAUGAGAAAAAUAUCCCUUUUUUUAGACCAAUGUUUAAUAUCUUUUUGAAAAAAUGGGUUGUAUUCUAUUACCACUAUGACAAAUAUUUUAAAGUAGUGAAAAUUAAUUAUCCUAAAACAUUAAUAACCAAUAAUUCUAUGUUUCAACUAAAAAAAAUUGAAAUUUCAUAAAUUGAAUUAGGUACAUUGUUAGGGUUCUAAAUAGGUUACAAUAUACAAAUAUCACGUUAAUUAAAAAAUAAAUUUCAAUACUUUUAAAUAUUUGUCAAAUGUUCAUUUUUUUAGGUCCUCUUUUUUAUAGAACUUUUACAUUAUUUGGAUUUAUUCUUAUUAUUAUUAUGUAUUGGUAAAAACAUUUUAUGGGACGAAAUUUUACGGAAUGUAUUCGUUAAUACGUGAAAAUAUUGGGUUCGAGUUGAUCGUUUCGAUCGAUUCCUGUCGAAUAAUCGAUCGAAAUCGAUCUUUCGACAUAUUUGAUGUAUAAGCAAGGGGGCAGCUUACAGCUUUUUUAAAAAGUAAACUGUUAUUUUUUUGUUUUAAUAUCCAUUGUAGUGUAUUUUCUGCAUUUUUCUCAGUGAGGAAAUCGACUAUGAUCUAUAUUAUAUUGCUGUGUAGAUUUAGAUGCUGCUUAAUAAAUUAAAAUGCAAACCAAUU